GAACGGAGACGGAGACAGGGACCAGGAUAGGGAUGGGGACAGCGACAGGGAUGGGGAUUGAGGCAGGGACUUGGACUAGAAAAGGGACGGGGACCGGCACUGGGCCUGGGACCAGAACAGAGACUGGGACCAGCACUGGGAGAAGAACAGGGAUGGGGACCAGCACCGCGAUGGGGACCAGCACUGGGAGCAGGAACAGGACAGGGACAGGGACAGGGACAGGGACUGGGACAGCGAUAGGGAUGGAGACGGGAAUGGGAGGGACAGGGACAAGAGCCGGGGUAGAGAUGAGGACCAGGACCGGGAUCGACACUGA